CCAGAACGCCGGGAUCACUCCCUGAGCCGAAGGCAGACGUUUAACUGCUGUGCCACCCAGGCACCCCAUGUAAUUUGCUUUGAAGGAGUACAAACAUCUUUUAUUUUGUUUUAAUUAGAGUAAAAUAUACAUAACAUAAAAUGGACCAUUUAACCGUUUUUUAAGUGGAUCAUUCAUGGCGUUAAGUGGACUCACUGUGUUGUGUAGCCGUCACCACCCUCCACCCCAGGACUCCCUCAUCCUUGCGAGCUGAGAUUCUUUCCUCUGUUCCUCCUACCUGGCGGCCCCGGCACCCACUCUUAACUUCUCCGGCUAGGACUUUGUCUACUCUAGGGACCUCAGGCAAAACUCCAGUGACUGAAGAGCUGUAGAUCUUCUGAAUUUCGAGAGCAGUGAAGUAGGACCAUAGCAGAGGGUGUAUGAAAGACAACACGUUGGAAGGAAGAUUGAUGCAGACAAAAGCAACAUGAUUCAGGGACAUCAUUGAGAUUUUUGGGGAUUGAACAAAAGCAUCUGGUUGGGAGCGUCAUGAAGAAAGAGACAAGACCCUGCCUGAGGAAGCGUACGUGAGAGGAACGUAGGAGCCCGUCGAUAAAUGCAGAACAGCAGCUGUGGGAGGCCUGGAAACUGAGUUUUGGAAGGAUUCAGUAUCGGACAAACAUCACUCCAGGGGGACACAGCAGAGGUGUAGUUCCAGCCUAUCUGUCCAGCCCUAGUCCAAGCUUCUCCGCUGUCCAUGGUUUUGAAAGUCUUCUGCGCCGGGUGACCAGCAUAGAAAGCUCUUGCUAGCUGGUGAUGGAAGUGUGCUGGAGCAAUGGGAGAAGCUGGUAACUUCUAGGAAGCCAAGAUGACCAGAAUUGUUUUAAAUCAUCAAAGGAUGCGUGCAGUUGAGACAUGGCGGCUCCAGUAAUUGGGGAUGAACGCGUGAGGCUUGCUGGACGGACCUGUGUGCUGUGAGCGGUGGCACUCUGCUAGUGGUGGUGUGGAGCCUGCUGACCUACCCUUUGGUUUCAUCCAGCCACCCCACGGAAAUUUGGGGAAGAUGGCCAGGGCGCCAUGAGGUGAGCACGCACCAGCGCCCAGAGCCCUGGAGAGCAGUGUGCGGGCUGCGGGAGCGCGAGCGGCCCCGCGCGUCUGGCCACGCACGACCCCGGCAUGAGGCCGGGCAGCAUGGGUGCGCCGCCACGGGACCGCUGACCCCCGCCCGCUGGGACCAUGAAGGAGGUGGCGUACUGGUCCCCCAAGAAGGUGGCGGACUGGCUGCUGGAGCACGCCAUGCCCGAGUACUGUGAGCCCCUGGAGCACUUCACGGGCCGGGACCUGAUCGGCCUGACCCGGGAGGACUUCGCGCGGCCGCCCCUGUGCCGUGUGUCGGCCGACAGCGGGCAGCGGCUCCUGGACAUGAUCGAGACCCUGAAGGUGGAGCAGCACAUGGAGGCGCACAAGAACGGCCACGCCAACGGGCACCUGGGCGCAGGUGGGGCCGGCUCCGGCCCCACCGGCGGCUUCGGCCUCCAGGCCAAGCCCAACGGGGUCCCCAACGGCUACAGGAAGGAGAUGAUCAAGAUCCCCAUGCCGGAGCCUGAGCGCUCUCAGUAUCCCAUGGAGUGGGGAAAAACGUGCCUGGCCUUCCUGUACGCGCUGGCCUGCUUUGUCCUCACCACGGUGAUGAUCUCGGUCGUCCACGAGCGAGUGCCUCCCAAGGAGGUGCAGCCCCCACUGCCGGACACGUUCUUUGACCAUUUUAACCGGGUGCAGUGGGCCUUUUCUAUCUGUGAAAUUAACGGCAUGAUCCUAGUGGGACUCUGGUUAAUCCAGUGGCUGCUCUUAAAAUACAAGUCUAUCAUCAGCAGAAGAUUCUUCUGCAUAGUCGGCACGCUGUACCUGUAUCGCUGUAUCACAAUGUACGUGACCACCCUCCCAGUGCCCGGCAUGCACUUCAACUGCUCUCCGAAGCUUUUUGGAGACUGGGAAGCCCAGCUGCGGAGAAUAAUGAAGCUCAUCGCCGGCGGUGGCCUGUCCAUCACUGGUUCUCACAACAUGUGCGGGGACUAUCUGUACAGCGGCCACACGGUCAUGCUCACGCUCACCUACUUAUUUAUCAAAGAGUAUUCCCCUCGACGACUCUGGUGGUACCACUGGAUCUGCUGGCUUCUCAGCGUGGUUGGGAUCUUCUGCAUCCUCUUGGCCCAUGACCACUACACUGUGGACGUGGUGGUGGCGUACUACAUCACCACGCGACUCUUCUGGUGGUACCACACGAUGGCCAAUCAGCAAGUGCUAAAAGAAGCUUCCCAGAUGAACCUCCUGGCUCGGGUGUGGUGGUACAGGCCGUUUCAGUACUUUGAAAAGAACGUCCAAGGAAUCGUACCUCGCUCUUACCAUUGGCCCUUCCCGUGGCCGGUCGUGCACCUGGGCAGACAAGUGAAAUAUAGCCGCUUGGUGAACGACACGUAACGGCCGCACACGGCGGGGAGCGAGGAGCUGUCCGAAGUGCUAAGGACUCCAUGAGAGAAGAUGCCAUAAACAAACACCUCCCUGAUCCUGCUCUCUUUCAACCGUUACCUUGACUUAACCUAUUGAGUUACCUGGUCAGCACUGUGAUCUUUUUUUCUCUCCAAAGGACCUGCUUUGGACAACAAUAAAGAAAACUUAACCUAUCAUGCACUGUACACAUUUUCCUGUUCAUAAGUUUGGGAUUUCCAUAACCUGCGACCACCUGUUCCUUUGUAUAUGAUGCAGCAGCAUAAACGUGAGCUUUUAUAUCAUCAGUUCUGGUCUUUCCAGGCACAUCUGGAAAUAAAGCGUAUUAUUUUCUUGGGAAAACAUACUUUUCGUAUCUCUUGCCCCAAAGAUUGGGCUGUAAGCCAUUUUCUAGCAAAUGUCUCUAUGAAGGUUUCUAAGUACCUGAAUGGGGUUCGAUUCUGAAAUCUUUCUACCUGUUGCACCGAUAUUCAAAUAAAAAUGACAGACACAGAAAGGUUCGGUGACUUUGGGUUUUGUAAAAAUCAGCAGAGAGAGUGUGUCAAAAAGUGCAAAAAAAAAAAAAAGAUUCUGUUAUAAAGUGAUUUUCUAAGUAUUUCCUAACUUUAUUUUUCAAAAUAAUGUUAUGAAAACCAAAUUUAAAGAUUUUUACAUGUCAGAGAGAAGAGAGUUAAAAUUUAGAAAUGCUUCUUGGGAGAGAAAUUUGUCUAUGUUUCUAGUGCCUUUCUUGUCUUGAUUGUAUGGUCAGUAGGCAAUCUUAAAUGUUUUUAUUUAAAAUAAAAUAUUCCAUGGAAAUAUAAAUGUAUGUAUACACUACUAAAUUUUGCAUUUAUAGCUAAAUUAAAUCAGAAGACUGCUUGUGAUUUUUAAUCGCUAUGAAUUAAAGAAUGGGGGAGUUAAAGUCAGAGCCCGUUCCCAUAUUGUGAGCAGGUGGCAAUGACACGUACCACUUAAAUUAUUUUAUCAUCUAUUUGGUAGUUCGAUUUUAACUAUACAAUGAAAACAGCCAUGAAUACUUUGUUUUUAAAAAGAGAGUUUUGAAAAUGAUCACUUAACUAAAACUUGAAAGCUCUAAAUUAGUUAUCCAUACUCUCAUGACAAUUUUGUUGGUAAACAACAAAACAGAGAUCUAUUUCUUUAAAAUAUAUUUGUGCAGAAACUGCAUGUAACUCUAAGUUUUACUCCUGACAUGAGUAUGUUUGGGGAAGUAUUCUCUUCUAUACUUGCCAAUGUGGAGAACAAAAUAGUUUUUUAAGAAUGAAGAAGUAUAUAUAUCCAUUCUGUAUUUUACGCAGCAGAAUUAUCUUCCGUAGGGUUUUUUUUGUGUAUUCACAAGGUGAUAUUUGUAUUGUAAAACAAUAAUGGUGAAGGAAAUAAAAAGGCUUUUAAAAUUUUGUUUGUUUUAAAUAUUUGUAAAGUUAUUAUUCCAGAGGGUAUACUGAUAUCUUAACAGCUUACCUAGAUCAUAAAUUAAUCAAAAUGCACUUUUUAAUAAAACCUGAUACUUAAAGUAAA